AUUCAACUGUCAAAAAAAGUAAACGCGUAAACCCGAACCAACAUAGUCAGAAAGCAUUAACAACAUUUAUAUAAAAGUAACUUUUUAGUAGAUUUAAUGGAAAAGUUUUCAAAAGUAGAGAAAAUCGGCGAAGGAACAUAUGGAGUUGUGUAUAAAGCAAAAGACCGUGAAACUGGAAAUGAAAUCGCAUUAAAGAAAAUCAAACUAGAAAAUGAGCCCGAGGGCGUGCCCUCCACAGCCUUGCGCGAGAUCUCAGUGCUGCGCACGCUCCGGCAUGAAGGCGUCGUCCGGCUGCUCGAUGUGCUGCUGGCAGACAGGAAGCUGUUCCUCGUGUUUGAGUACAUGCACAUGGACCUUAAGCGGCUCAUGGACCUCACGAGGGGUCCCCUGCGCCCGGAGCUUGUCAAGAGCUACGUGCGCCAACUAGCCGCAGGCCUCGCGUACUGCCACGCCGCACGAGUCCUCCACCGAGACCUGAAGCCUCAAAACCUUCUCGUGGACACGGCGGGCCGCAUCAAGCUUGCGGACUUCGGCCUUGCGCGCGCCUUCGCUCUUCCUGUCCGGGCCUAUACACACGAGGUGGUGACGCUGUGGUAUCGAGCGCCCGAGAUCCUAUUGGGUGCCAAAUUCUACUCCACUGCCGUCGACGUAUGGAGUCUUGGUUGCAUUUAUGCAGAAAUGAUGAGCGGUCGCACGCUGUUCCCCGGCGACAGCGAGAUCGACCAGCUGUUUCGCGUGUUCCGCGCGCUGGGGACCCCGGGGGGAGCCCUGUGGGCGCGGGCGCGGCGCCUGCCCGACUACCGCGCCGCCUUCCCGCGCUGGCCGCCCCGCCCCCCCCGCGACCUGCUGCCCCCCGCCGCGCAGCUGGUGCCGCACGCUGCCGACCUGCUGGACGCGCUGCUAAGAUACGAGCCAGCAGAACGUCUGUCCGGUCGCGCCGCCCUGCAGCACCCGUUCCUGCAGGACGCCCGACUCACCCCCCCCGACCUGCCGCUGUCGGCCGCCUGCACGUCCCGCCCCGCCGCCGACCUCGACCUGUGAUCAACCUCGUCGCCAAACACACAAGAGACGUCCACUCCGCUCGACGUACUGAUGUGGAAUGAAAUUGUAGAGAUGAUUGUUUAAAUGAAAAAUGAUGCUGAUUGAACAAUUUUUGUAACAAUAUUUUAAGCAAAAUAGCUGCUAGACUAUAUUUUUAUAUCCCAGGUACCAAAUAGAGUAAGUAGCAAAUGGGCUAACUGAAUCUGGAAUAUAAAAACAGGAAUUAAUUAUAUUUUCAGACCGUUAUUACUACAAAGAUGUACUUAUUAACUUUCAGUGAGAGAAUACGCGGAUCCAUUUUUGACACUCAACUCUUGAAUUUAGAUUUAGGAUGAUCUCGCUAUUGGAUUGUUCAGUGUCGGCGAUGACGCAAAUUUGACUGAUAACUUAUAAUAAUAGCGACUACUUAUUAUAUAAAGAGAAAUGGUAAAAGAGCCUCUCAUAAGUUUCGUAUACCUAUCACUAACUAGCGGCGCAGAGCGCCGCGCACGGGCUCCGAAAUGUAAUUUUAUUUUUAAGUGAUUUAAAUAAAAUAAAAGA